AUGCCUUCACCUGGACAACAUUUUAACCAAAUUUCCAUGCCGAUUAUAUUUCUUCCAACUAAUUUUAGUUAUGCGUCCAUAUAUCGUGAUUAUGUGCAAGCUUACAAAGAUAAGUAUGGGAAUAAUAUUCGUGUUAUGUCUAAAACAACCUUUAUUAGUAUUUGGAAAAUUUUAAUACCUUCGCUUCAAUUUAUGUCUCUAAAAUCCGACCUAUGCGAAACUUGUGAAAUAAUAAAAAUGGAUAUUCAACAUGCUAUGCAACAUGAAAAAAAAAUAGAACUUACCAAUAAUUAUUUAGCUCAUUUAAAUCGUGCACAAAAAGAACGUGAUUAUUAUAAUGCUAACAUUAAGAAUGCAAUUGAAGAUG